AGAGACUAAUCAAUCACCAAACAAAGAAGAAUGUGGACGACAAUGGCGUCCCAUUCCCAGGGAGCAGCUCUCCUCUGCAUCCACAACCAUAACUUCUUAUCCUCUUCCUCAACUUCAAGGCCUUCAGCUUCAACCCUCCAUGCCCAACUGCAGAUUCCCAUCACAAGUGGCGCCGGACUUCCUCGGCUGACCUUCAGCACGAAAACAGUUCUCCCAACUACCCCGCCGGCUGUUUGCACGAAGAGCUCCGGCGCCUUUUCGUCCGCUAUCAUCUGCCGUAGCUCACGGCGAAAGGCGUCCAUCGACACCACUCCUGACGAGGAUGGCGGCAAUGAUCUGCGGCGGAUGGUGGUGCAGGCGCUAUUGUGGGGCGCCGAGGCUGCUUACGUCCUCUGGCUCUUCCUCCUCCCUUAUGCCCCGGGGGAUCCUGUCUGGGCAAUCAGUUCAGAGACGGUCAAUUCACUCACUGGGCUGUCUCUCAACUUCUUCUUCAUAUUGCCUCUCAUGAACUCCGUCGGGAUUCAUUUGAUUGACGCCCUAGUUCUCCAUCCAAUGUCCGAAGGACUGUUCAACUUUGUUAUUGGGUGGACGUUCAUGUUUGCUCCUUUGCUCUUCACGGACCGGAGAAGGGACAGAUACAAGGGGUCUCUUGAUGUUCUGUGGGGUCUGCAGAUGUUCCUCACUAACACAUUCUUAAUCCCGUACAUGGCCAUCCGGCUGAACGGGACUGAUGAGAACGACUCUACACCGAGCGUGCCCUCCAAGCUUGGCUUGUUGAUGACCCGUGGUGCACCCAUUGUUGGCCUGGUCGGUGGUGGCAUAUGCCUGAUAUCUGCAUUGUGGGCCCUCUUCGCCCGAGCAGAUGUUGAUUUCGGAGACAUAACUGAAAGACUAGAUUUCUUGGUGCAUUAUCUUGGGUCGGAGAGGCUAGCCUACGCCUUCAUAUGGGACAUCCUUCUCUACAUGAUCUUUCAGCCUUGGUUGAUUGGUGACAACCUGCAAAACGUACAGAAAGACAAGGUUGGGAUUGUGAGUUUUCUUAGGUUUGUGCCCGUGGUGGGGUUGACUGCAUACCUUCUCUAUUUGGAUCUUGACGAAGAACUGUAAUGAAUAGUAGUUGUAUUAUAUAUUAUACCAUUCUUUAGUUUAUAUUGAGAAGGGUUGAUUUGUAAUGUUGGAUCCCUUUGGUGUGCAGAUACUCUUUGUAAACCAUUCAUGUUCUUUAACUUAGUCGGUGCAUGAUAGCACAUGAAGUGCAUUGUCGGACAAA